AUGAGGACGUUGUGGUUGUGGGCCCUAGUGCCUCUAAUUCUACUGGCCCGUGCCGACGAAGAGGCACCAGCCAAGGAGAACAAGUAUGGUACGAUUAUUGGUAUCGAUUUGGGAACAACGUACUCAUGUGUUGGUGUGUACAAGAAUGGACGUGUUGAGAUUAUCGCCAACGACCAAGGAAACCGUAUUACUCCAUCGUAUGUGGCCUUCACGCCGGAAUCUGGAGAGCGUCUGAUUGGUGACGCCGCCAAGAAUCAGUUGACUUUGAACCCUGAAAACACCAUCUUCGAUGCCAAACGUUUGAUUGGUCGUGAGUUCAGUGAGAAGUCCGUCCAAGCCGAUCUGAAAUUGUGGCCCUUCAAGGUAAGUAGCUUUGCUUUUGUUUUUGAUGUGUUUAGGUAUGAUCUUGGGCUUAAAAAGUGGAGUUUAGGCUUGAAUUUGAUCUAAAAAGAGUUGUUAUUUGACUAAAGGAUAAGCCUUUUGGUUCUGAAUUGAGUUUAGGCUUAUUUAAAAUUAGAAGAAGCUUAGUUUAACCUUUCUUUUCAUAUUUAAUCUAAUUUCAUGCCAUUUCAGGUCAACAACAAGAACAACAAGCCCCAUGUUGAGGUCGCGGUCGGAGCCGACAACAAGGAGUUCUCUCCAGAAGAAGUUUCAGCCAUGGUUUUGGGUAAAAUGAAGGAAAUCGCCGAACAAUACCUCGGAAAGGAAGUUAAGCACGCCGUCGUCACCGUUCCAGCCUAUUUCAACGACGCCCAGCGUCAGGCCACCAAGGAUGCAGGUACCAUCGCCGGUUUGAACGUUGUUCGUAUCAUUAACGAGCCAACCGCCGCCGCCAUCGCCUACGGAUUGGACAAGAAGGACGGUAAGGCAUUUUUUGUUUUUUAAUUUUCAGGUUGGGGUAAUUGAAUUUUUUUAAAUUUCUAAAUUGGGGGUGGAUCACCCCCUCUUUCCCCUUUCUCAAAAAAAAUUUUUGUCUGGGCAAACGCAGUUUUUUUGUUAGUUUAGUAAGUCUUGACCUCGACACGAAACGUGUCCGCCUUCCACAGCCUGGUUCGAUUUGUUUGUCGCCGCGACACGUCGCGCUGACCCAGAUUCUUUUGCUUAAGUGACCUUCAACAAUGGGGGCAACAGUUAAUUGUGAUGUAAUAGUUUUUAAUACGCGGAAAUUGAUCUAAAACUUUGAAAUCAGAUAUUUUUUAUUUCAAGGCUGAUUAAUAUCUUAAGAUUAAAUGACUAAAAUAUCAGAAGAUAUAUAAAUAAUAUCAGAAGAUACCUAUAAAAAGUUAACAAAAAUAUUCUUUCAGGUGAACGCAACAUCUUGGUAUUCGAUUUGGGAGGUGGUACCUUCGAUGUCUCCCUUCUCACCAUCGACAACGGUGUCUUCGAAGUGUUGGCCACCAAUGGUGACACUCACUUGGGAGGUGAAGACUUUGACCAACGUGUUAUGGAAUACUUCAUCAAGUUGUACAAGAAGAAGACCGGCAAGGACCUGAGAAAGAGCCACCGUGCCGUCCAGAAGCUCCGUCGUGAAGUCGAGAAGGCCAAGAGAACCUUGUCAGUCCAACAUCAAGUCAAAGUCGAAAUCGAAUCUCUGAUCGAUGGUGAAGACUUCUCCGAAACCCUGACCCGUGCCAAGUUCGAGGAGUUGAACAUGGACUUGUUCCGCGGAACCCUGAAGCCAGUCCAAAAGGUCUUGGAAGAUGCCGACAUCAAGAAGGAGGACGUCCACGAAAUCGUCUUGGUAGGAGGUUCAACCAGAAUCCCCAAGGUCCAACAACUUCUGAAGGAAUUCUUCAACGGAAAGGAGCCAUCUCGCGGCAUCAACCCCGAUGAAGCCGUCGCCUAUGGAGCCGCCGUCCAAGGUGGAGUCAUCUCCGGCGAAGAAGACACCGAGAUCGUUCUGUUGGAUGUGAACCCACUCACCAUGGGUAUCGAGACCGUCGGUGGUGUCAUGACCAAGCUCAUCACCCGUAACACCGUCAUCCCCACCAAAAAAUCACAGGUCUUCUCCACCGCCGCCGACAACCAACCCACCGUCACCAUCAAGGUCUACGAGGGAGAGCGGCCAAUGACCAAGGACAACCAUCUCCUCGGCACCUUCGACUUGACCGGAAUCCCACCAGCCCCACGUGGAGUACCACAAAUCGAGGUCACAUUCGAGAUUGACGUGAGCGGUAUCUUGCACGUAUCGGCCGAAGACAAGGGCACCGGAAACAAGAACAAGAUCACCAUCACCAACGACCAUAACCGUCUGUCGCCCGAAGACAUUGAGCGUAUGAUCAACGACGCCGAGAAGUUCGCCGACGAAGACAAGAAGGUCAAGGAGGUGGUUGAGGCCAAGAACGAGCUCGAACAAUACUCGUACCAACUCAAGAACCAGUUGAACGACAAAGAAAAGGGUCUCGGUUCCAAGUUGGACGACGACGAGAAGAAGACCAUCGAAGAAGCCGUCGAUGAAGCCCUGAGCUGGCUGGAAUCCAACAAGGACUCAUCGGCCGAAGAGAUCAAGGAACGCAAGAAGGAGUUGGAAGCCAAGGUCAACCCCAUCAUCAGCAAACUGUACGAAGGCCAAGCUCCACCACCAACUGGAGACGAGGAAUCGACCGGUUCCGACGACAAGGACGAGUUGUAA